AUGACUCUAAUUAAGACAAGUUACGGUUUCGUAAAAGGAAUCCAAAAGAAAUCAUGCUAUAAUAAACCUUACCUCGCCUUCUAUGGAAUCCCGUACGCCAAACAGCCCAUCAAUGAAUAUCGUUUCAAAGAUGCUCGUCCUCUUGAACCAUGGGAAGGUAUCUUGGAUGCCACAAAAGUUGGCGAUGCUUGUUGGAAUUUAGAUCGCAUCAAUCCAAUUGAACAAAAAAUCAUCGGCAGUGAUAACUGUUUGCAUCUUAACAUCUACGUACCUGAUACUCUAAUAGAUGAAACGAAAAAGAAACCUGUGAUGGUUUACAUUCAUGCAGGACGUUUCACAACCAUGUCAUCUGAUCCAUUCUUUCAUGGACCUGAUUAUUUGCUUGAACAUGAUGUCGUUGUCGUAACCUUCAAUUAUCGUUACGGAGCCUUUGGAUUUCUUUCGUUGAAGGAUCCAAGCUUAGGUAUACCCGGAAAUGCUGGUAUCAAGGAUCAACUGAUGGCUUUGAAAUGGUUGAAAAGUGAGAUUGAAAACUUUGGAGGAGAUUCACAAAAGAUCACUGUAUUUGGCGUCAGUGCUGGUUCAUGUUCAACUCAUUUGCAUCUUUUGUAUGAACCAUCUCGAGGAUUGUUUCAACGAGCAAUCAUCAUGGCAGGAACAGCUUUUGAUCCGUGGGCUGUUCGAACGAGUCAAGGCGAUUUAGCGUAUCGAUUAGCAAAAGCUUUGGGGUAUGAAGGAGAUGCGAAAGAUGAGAGAGAGAUCUUUAAGGUUAUUUCUGAAGCAGAUCCUGUUAAAGUUGUUCAGAAGCAAACUGUUCGACUUUUAAAUGACCUUGAAGUUAAGUUGGGACAAUUUUCAACUUUUGGACCUGUUGUUGAACCUUAUAUCACGGAAACAACUUUUAUCCAUGAACAUCCGCUUAAACCUCAAGUAUGGAAGAAUGCAUGGGGAAACAAGAUCAAAAUGAUCAUCGGCAGUAACUCCAUGGAUGGACUUCUGUUCUAUCCAUCUCUAUCUUCUGAACUUAUGUCUUCUCUUGGCAACUUUUCCCAUAUCAUAGCUGAGAACGUUCAUCUAGAUCCCAAUUCAGAAACAUGCAUCGAAAAAGGAUUGAAACUCAAAAACUUCUACUAUGGCACAGAAAAUCCUUCAAUGGAAAACGUUGACAUUUACAUCAACAUUCUCGGCGACAAAAACUUUUGGCAUGGAAUAUGGAUGGCAUUGAAAGCUCAUCACGAAUCCGAUUCUUAUUUCUACAGGUUCGACGUUGCUCCAUCAGAUUACAAUCAAACGGUUCGCAAGAUCUUCAAAAUCCCCCAUCUAAGAGGAGCUUCUCAUGUUGAAGAUAUUUUCUACAUUUUUAAAGCGGAAUAUUUAAAAACACCUUUGAAAGGAUCCCGCGACUAUGAAAUCAUCCAAACUAUGACAAAAUGCUUUGCUGACUUUGCUAAACAUAAAAAUCCUUCGCCGAAAAAUAUCGAUUGGACUCCUGUCAAAAGCUUCAAUGACAUAAAAUGUCUAAAUUUCAACGAAAACGGAGUUGCUAUCAUUGAUUUGCCGGAAAAGAAAAGAAUGGAAUUCUGGGAUGAAAUCUGUGAAACGAAAUUUUUGUUCAAAUCCACACGAAACGAGUUUUCUGCCUAA